UUUCACAAAGUCCACAAAAAUUUAAUGAAAUAAAUAACAAGAAUUAAAGAAAGUUAAAGAAAUAUAAAUAACAAAAAUUAAGGAAAAUCAAAGCUGUGGUCUUAACAAAAAAUUGGGUUGACAAAAACUGGGUCUCAAAUCACUGCUCCGAUCUUCAAAAAGAUACCGCUCCGAUCGACUGCAUCUCAAAUUAGUGUUCCAAUUGACUACUCCAGCUACCGCUCGGACCAACAGUGCUCCGGUCGACUAUUUCUCCAACUACCAGUGCUCCAACCACCAGUGCUCUGACCUCUUUUGAUUGAACCCUAGCAAUCAAUUGAAACAGGCUGGAGCUGAAGUAGAAGCUGUAGGAGUUCGUAGGGGCGCUAAAAGGAUAAAGAGCACAGUUCAAGCAGACAUUUCCGAUGAUAUGCAAAAGUGAAAUCAAAUCAUAGCUUGAAAUAAGCAACACAAAGAAGUAGAUUACGUAUUAUUUGAUGAUAUGAUAAGUAAAUACAAGCCAUCUUCAAAUAAGAGCAGUAAGAAUCAGUCACCUGUACACGAUUGGAAGAAUAAUGAGUCUGGGGAUAUUCAGCAGGCUUCUAGUUCAACAGAAAUAUCUACUACUAAGUUAAAGUUGACAUCUGUAUUAGAAGCUAUUUGCAGUCAUAUUCAUCAAGAAAAUGGAGAUUAAAAGAGGAGUACUAUUAAGAAUGAUCAGCUUGAUGUGACAAGUUUACAGGUACUUCAGACGGGUGCCAAAGCAUUUAUUGAUCAGAUGUUCAUAGACUGGAAGUAUAUCAGCAAAGGUUACGGAUCAGGUCUAAGUGGGAAAACACUCACUGAGCAUGGACACCAGUGGCUUGGUCUAGAUAUAUCAGCAUCAAUUCUUGAUAUUGCAUUGGAGCGUGAGGUUGGGGGUGAUCUGAUGCUGGGAGACUUGGGUCAGGAAAUGUUCGGCAAUUUAGGUGACCUAUUGUAUACAAUUACAGGUUUUCAUUGCUUCUCCUUGAAGCCUGCUGGUGCUGCUGGGGAAUAUACUGGAUUGAUGGUUAGUCAUGCAUAUCAUAUGUCGAGAGGUGACUAUCACCAUAAUGUAUGCAUCAUUCCUGUAUCAACACGUGGAACAAAUCCUGCAAGUGUUGCAAUGUGUAGGAUAAAAAUUAUUGCUGUUGGGACGGAUGCAAAAGGAAACUGAAGAAAAUAAGAAUAAACUUAUUGCUUUCAUUGUAAAUCACAUGCUAUUAUUAUCUGGCAUCUUCUGUAUUGGUUGUAUAUACUUAAAUCUUUAUUAAAUUUAAAGUUACAUGUCCAUCAACACAUGGAGUGUAUGAGAAAGGAAUUGAUGAGAUCUGUAAGAUAAUCCAUCACAAUGGUGGUCAGGUGUACGUGGAUGGAGUUAACAUGAAUGCACAGGUAAUAGUUACCUCAUAUCAACUCCUAAACCCUCAUACUGUAAUUUUUCUCUCAAAUUUACAGCUUAUUAGUCUAGUGUGUGUAAACUGGGAUGCAAACAUUUCAUCAUUUUUAAUUCUUGUAAAUUUUACUUGUCAUUGAUUCUCUUUAGUGAUAAGACCAUUAUAUUUCUUUAAAUUCUAGCUCAAUAAUUUUGAAAUUAGACCUUAUAUCUUAAAAGAAGGAAUGUAUUUGGAUUAGGUAAUGAACCUAGAAUUUACCCUCCUAUCCCUUUCUUCCUCUUUUUCUUUACUCCUGUGUGAUUUGAUAGUUGUCCCACAUGAUGUUGUAAUUUAAGUGCUAGUUGAGCUUUAUUUAUUCUCUUUCUAUAGGUGUCCAAAAUGAAGAAGGAGAUGAAGAAAGAAGUGAUGAAGAAAUUGACCUUACCUGAGAAGAUUUUUUAAUUAUUGAUAAAUGCUUUAAUAUCGAUAUUUUUGAUAUUGAAUUUAGUGAAACUUGUCGCCACUUGAACUUGAUACUAUAUGGGAAAAUUAAUGAUCAUUUGACUUUAUA